AUUUAAAAUGAACAGAAAGUGUAGAAUAUUUGUACUUCUCACGGACUGAGUUAAUGGAAUCACUGAUGGAUCCAGUGAGCUGCAGUGUUGGUUCUCUGGUGACUGCGCAGACUCAGCGGCCGUGGCGGCUUCGGCUCACCGUAACAAACCCUGUUAAUGUUUUCACUUUACUGCUCUGAACCCGGACACUGUGGACCAUGAGGUGCCGUGGAGCUGCCAAACGCACACACACUGGAUAACAUGACCAACAGAAAGCUGAAAUCACAGAGCCAGGGGGAUGGAGCAGAAGACCCGGACGGAGGCUGGGGCUGGGUGCUGGUCGUGGCGUUGUUCGUCAGCACCAGCCUCGUGUUUGGACUGAUGCGCAGUUUGGGGAUCUUCUUUGUGGAGUUUGUCCAGUACUUUGAGGAGAGCGCUCAGGCCAUCUCCUGGAUCUCAUCCAUCGGCUUGGCAGCGCAGCAGUUCUUCAGCCCGCUGGGUGCAGCUCUAUGUAACGCAUAUAAUACCAGACUGGUUGUGAUGACAGGAGGUUUUCUGUCCGGACUCGGACUCAUCCUUGCCUCACAGGCCACCAGCCUGGUUCACCUCUACCUUACUAUGGGACUAAUCUCAGGUUUGGGCUGGGGGCUGGUCUUCUCCCCCAUGGUGGCCACAGUCAUGGCUAACUUCACGCGCAGACGAGCGCUGGCUGUGGGACUGGGUUUCUCCAGCAUUGGCCUUUCUUCCUUUGCUUUUAACCCACUUUUCCAGCUGCUGGUGGAGAAGUAUGCCUGGCGGGGAGCCCUGCUCAUCCUGGGGGGCCUCAGCCUCAACAUCAUGGCCUGCGGAGCCCUUAUCCGACCAGAGUGUCGCUCUAAAGCCUCAACAAAGGCGGACCCACAGAGCAGAUUGUCACGGCCUGACCUCCUUCAGAGAGUCUCCUCCUACCUGGAGGUGUCGUUGCUUUGUGAGAGGCCGUAUCUCACCUACACCUUAGGUGUGACUCUUUUUAACUUCGGCUAUUUUGUGCCAUAUUUCCACCUGGUUGCCCACAGCCGCCAGGUGGGCUUCUCCGAGUACCGAGCGGCAUUCAUCAUGUCAGCUGCGGGUAUCACAGACAUUUUUGGCCGAAUUGCGUCGGGCUGGUUCUCUGACUUGGGGCGCUUUCGGGUCGUGCAUCUGCUGACCUUUUGGACGGCUUUGGCGGCAGUCUUCAUCAUGCUGCUGCCCGUGAGCUCCUUGACGGGCUCCUACACAGCAAUGAUUGUGAUGAGCCUUCUCUACGGUUUCUGCUCCGGCGCUUUGACCUCCAUGGUGUUUGCUGUGGUGCCGAUGAUCAUGGGCGUGGAGCGCAUGAUGGGGGGCCUGGGGCUCCUGCAGCUGAUCGAGAGCUGCGCAGGACUGCUGGGUAUUCCGCUGUCAGGUUGGCUCAGAGACAUGACAGGAAACUACACGGCCUCCUUUGUGGUCGCCGGCAGUUUUGUGCUCCUCGGUAGUUUGACCAUGACCACGCUGCCUCACUAUUUCUCCUGCACGGAGCCCCCACCUCCUCAGAGACCCGUCCUCGUUGAUAACGGCGACACUUUGAAUUUAGAGCAGAAGGACAGCUGCUCGUCUAAAUUCAACUAUCAAACCGUGGAACAAACACAAAGGUGAUCUGAUCGGGGAACAUCUUUGUUUGCAAAGAGCGAGCUGAGUGUUAAUAAUACACCUCAGAGGAUUAGACCCAACGCUCGUGGAUAAGGAAAGAGGCCGGAGAAAGAAAAGCGGAGAAAUAAAAUAUCAAAGCAAUGCACAUCAGCAAACGUGCAUUUUGAUCUUACUUAACAAAGAAAUUAAGAAGCAAGAAAACAUUACCGUGAACAACAACUAUUGCUGUAACAAUUUUGUUUCUUAGUUUAUCAGCAGGGAAUUUAUACCAGAUGUCAGUAGCAACCCUUGAAAUCUCCAUGUGCAAAGAAAUCGACUGAAGUUAUUGCGUAAAUGGUUUAUUGCUGUUUUCCUCCACAUAAUUUGUCUCUAAAACCUAAAGGUUUUGUUGGGCCUUUCUUCUUGAGUUGAUUUAAAGUUAAACGUUUGACUGAGUCACGCUUCUCUGAGACCAGCUGAGAGUUUCUUUGGUUGUGCGUUUCUCAUCAUUGUCUUGCAUUUAAAGCCGCACUUGGUUCAUCAUUUUCAGAUUAUCGGGAAGGUUUUGGUUCAGUCAUAUGAGCUUGCAAAUGCUGAAAAACAGGCCCCUUAACAUGAUGUUCCCACUUCCAAACUGGUGAUUUUAGCCAACUUAUAUUCUCCCGGUACUUCACUGGCUUGUCCAAAUGUUCUGCAACAAAUUUUAAACAAGAUUCAGCGUGUGUUUUCUUCAGCAGUGGAGUCUUGUGCAGUGAGAAUUUAUAGCAUUACCUUUUCUACCUUCUAAUUGCAUAUCUUUCUGAAUCUUGUUGGCCUUUGGGUUAUUCUUUGGACUCUUGAAAUGUUAAGAUGAACUCCUAGAGAUUAUGUGGUCUCUGCUUCUAGAUUAUGGCUGUAGCUGGGCAAGUUUAGAAACACGUCUGUUUCUGGUGCGUCAGUUUGUUUAGUAUAAAUCUUGACAAACCUCUUUGCUUUUACACAUCGCCACAUGCCUCUUGCAGGACACCUUGGUUAUAGGACAUGUUUUUAUUGGCCACCAGUGAGGAUUAAACCAGUUGAUAUUCGUGUUGCACUGACAGGUACGAGGGUGGCUUUCUAAAAGUUGACAGAUUUCAGAUGGUUUCUUGGUUCUUUAUGACUUUUGCGUCUCCUUUUCUUCAGCCGGUCUACAUAAAUCAUUCUGCUGUAUCACAGCAAAACUAGAUUUUUGUGUUGAUUUUUAAGUAUGUGUGAAUUACAACCGUCCAUGGAUAAGCACUUUGAAGAGAUGGAUGGAUUACCCGAGUUGUUACCAGCAUUUCUCAUGAAUUUCAUGGUAUUAUCCUCCUAAUUUAUUAAUUAUCCUCCUAAUUUAUUAAUUAUCCUCCUAAUUGGUUACUUACUAAGAAUAAACCACCGACAUGUUCAACACUUAUUGUUCCCGCUCUGUGAGUCUGAGUCAGCUGCACAUUUGAAUUUUGCACCGUCAUGAUUUAUCCUAGAGUUUUGCCUGAUAAUGAUCAACACCACAAAUUCAGCCUGUAAUAAAGGCUGGAUUACAAAUCUGUGGGGAUUAUCUACUUCUGUAGGGUUUUUCUAAAAUCCAAACUGAGUGUUUAAUAAUGUUUUAUCAUAGAUUUAAAACCGAAUUGGUUGUUAAAGACAAUGCUCCGUGAGUCAAUGAAAAGGUCUCCAACAUAUCCGUAGUUUGAGUUUUAAUACCUCUUUAAGAGAAUCUCAGGUUUUAAGUGACUUCUCAAAGAUUUCAGGUUGUUUCUUAAUGCUUUGCUGUUGAUUUUAUACCAAACGGCACACAUUAAACCUGGACCAGGGUGCAGUUUUCCACUUCGAUGACUGCGUAUUAUUACCAAGUCAUGCGAAUGGACAUCAGUUCUGCUCACUGUUGGCGACUCGGUGCUGCCAGGAGUUUCUCCGCAGGAGCUCAAGAUUGUUUUCUCAUCUGCUCUUCUCGACGACCCAUUCGUUUUGUUUGCACGUGCUCUCUGGACCUCUGUAAACCAUUAACCAAGAAUGCCUUUGCAACGCCAGAUAUGUUUGGCCUUGGGAACAGCUGGGUGAACAUCUGGGUCACGAUGACCCGCUGGUUACUGCUGCGAUGCAACAGGCUUUUGGAUAAUACUUAACAGUGGUUAGGCAACUGAUUAAAGGUGAAAACUUUUUAUUUACCAGGAAUGUUUUUUUUUUUUUUAAUAAACUCAAAUGAUGGACUUUUUAUUUUUAUACAAAGCAUUCAAAGCUGCUGCGGACUCUCAGAUUAAUCACAUUAAGCAGGUCAUCGGUGUGAAUAUCGGUUCUUUUACACUGUGUGUGUCCCAGCCUUUUGCAUUGUCGCCCUCUGGUGGACUUCCACGAGAAAAGCACUCACACCGAAAUGCGCGGUUGCACUGUUUGUUUUAUUCGGCCAAAUACAAAUUUGAUGAUGUCACAUGAUGUACACAAAAUACGCAUAAAUAUUGUCUUUUGUAAAGUUGAAAUCUGCCAACUGCAUAGAUUUUAUGGUAUUUUAUUGGAAUAAAAAUGCUCCUUUUG